AUGAAGUGGUGUGCAGUGAUUUGUCUGUUGUUCGCAUUGGUGGCUUGCGAUGAGCUGCCUUUAGCUGAACCAUGCAACGAAGAAUUAUGUCAGUUGCCUGAUUGUAGAUGUUCAUCUACAGAUAUUCCUGGAGGACUACAAGCGAGAGAUACACCACAGUUCGUUCUUGUUACCGUCGAUGACAAUAUAAAUAUCUUAAAUAUUGUUACCUAUAGAGAAAUAUUUUACAACCGUCAAAAUUCCAACAGCUGUCCAUCUGGUGUAACAUUCUACAUUAAUCAUGAAUACAAUAAUUACGUAUUCGUUAACGAACUAUACAAUCAAGGCUUUGAGAUCGCUCUACAUUCAAUCACUCACCAGUUGCCAGUAACUUACUGGAAAGAAGCCACGGAGGAAGUUAUGGCGCGAGAAUUUGGAGACCAGAAAAGCCAAAUGUCACACUUCGCAAAUAUUCCAUACGAAAGUAUAAAUGGUAUGCGCGUUCCUUUCCUGGAACUGGGAGGCAACUCAACUUACCAAGCGGUUGCUAAUCAUGGCUUGCUUUAUGACCAUACUCGAGUUACAAUUGAAAAUGUAGACCCCGGUAUGUGGCCGUACACUCUGGAUUACGCUUCAACACAAGACUGUGUCAUAGAACCGUGCCCUACAGCAUCAAUUCCUGGUGCAUGGGUGUUACCUAUGAUUACCUGGACAGAUACAGCUGGCAAUCCAUGUGCAAUGGUUGAUGACUGUAGCCAACCCCCUCCUGUUACUGAUGAAGAAGCGUGGUUCCGAAUGAUUGUAUAUAAUUUCGAGAGGCAUUACUUGGGUACACGAGCUCCAUUCGGUGUUUACAUCCACGAGUGGUAUCUUAGAAUCCAUCCAGCUGUGAAAAGAGCAAUCGAAAGAUUCAUGGAUCUAGUUAAUAAUCUAGAUGACGCCUUUAUGGUUAACAGUCGUGAUGUAAUCGAGUGGGUAAAGAAUCCUGUAAAUUUAACCGAGUAUAGACAACAACCGUGCAAAACUUUCGUUCCGACUACUUGCGCGCGACAAAAUUGCGGACCCUUAGAUGCAGAAGAGCAUCAGCCGGGCUACAGUUACUGGAUGGAAGCUUGCGUCUCAUGCCCCAGAGUAUACCCAUGGCUUAACAAUCCUUUAGGCUUGUAA